AUGGUCUUAAUAUAUCAACUUUCCUCGAAAACUCAUCACUAUAUGGUAUUGCUAUUAACGAUAUGGAUCGUAAAACGCUCAAGAUAUUUAACUAAUGCAGCUGCAACAGUACCGAUUUGUCCACCUAAUUACGUCUUGUUUGAAGGGUUAUGCUACGGAAUAGAAAAUUAUGGCCAGCGUUCAUUUGCUGAUUCUGAGAGUUUUUGUGCAAACAUAGGCGGAAAUGUGGUUACCCUAAACUCUUCGCAACGAUUAGCUGCUGCUACUUCUGAAGUGCUUACAAAUAAAAUUUACUGGUUAGAUUUAUAUGAUGUUCAUAACUUAAAUGGCCCAAAUGAUUUUGUAUGGCUGAGCCUGAAUAAGUCUACCGGAAAUUAUACAAAUUGGGACACCGACGAGCCUAACGUUGCCGGAUAUCGAUGUGUCGUUAUCGAAUAUAUUGGUAGCAGCUGGAAAUGGAAAACUCGCUCUUGUAGCAGUGAUGCACGCACAUUAUGCGAAUUAUGUAAGUUGCUAUUAAGAAUACCUAAAAUAGAAAUUAUGAUCGAUUGCAAUAAUCUAUCUUCCUGUAGAGUAUUACGUUAUUCAUGUCGAGAACGCGCAUGA